AUGAGCACAGCGCAGCGCUUGGCACAUCAGAGAUUAAUCCGUCGUGCAUCGCGUAUUGAAUGGACACGUGUAUUGCUUGGCCGAAUCCCCACUCCUGCCGUUUCCAGUACAACCACACUUCAGACUGGACUUGCUUCCCUCCAGGCCUGUUCUUCGACUCACGACCUAACUCUUCGUCAACUUAUCUCUGUGCCCACUGGAAAGGGCCCACCUACUCUCUUGCGCAUCCAUCCCUACCUCGAUGAGAUGGUCCUCAUUAAUUCUUCAGGCUGGUCUGUUUGGGCUCUCGCAGACUGCCGCCAGUUAGCUCCAUAUUCUCGCGCUUCAGCUAUUAGUUCCCUCAUCACUUCCAGUGGCAAUCGCCGCCGCAGGGGUCUAGUUAGCUCUCGCACGAAUGGCACCUUCGAUGAAUAUGGAAUGAAGGAAGAGGAUGUUGAAGGGGCUUCGUGGAUGGCGUCGGAAGGCGAUGAAAGUGCUUGUAAUUACACUGAAGAGGCUCGUAAGUAUCAUACAUUCUCAUGGGAGCAGGGGAAAGUUAGUGUGAUCUGA